CGAGUGUGUCGAGAGAGCGCGCGCCGGGGACGCGGGCGGUUCGAGGGGUCGGGCCUGGCCGCCUCCCGAGCGCGAGCGGCUGCUGAGAAGCGGGCGCCGCGAUGGCCGAGGGCAGCGCAGUGUCCGACCCUCAGCACGCCGCGCGCCUGCUGCGAGCGCUCAGCUCUUUCCGCGAGGAGUCCCGCUUCUGCGACGCGCACCUGGUCCUCGACGGAGAGGAGAUCCCGGUGCAGAAGAACAUCCUGGCGGCGGCCAGCCCGUACAUCAGGACAAAGUUAAACUAUAAUCCUCCAAAAGAUGAUGGAUCCACUUAUAAGAUUGAACUUGAAGGGAUAUCGGUAAUGGUUAUGAGAGAGAUCCUGGAUUACAUCUUCAGUGGGCAGAUUAGGCUAAAUGAAGAUACAAUCCAAGAUGUGGUACAAGCGGCAGACCUGCUGCUGCUGACCGACCUCAAGGCUCUGUGCUGUGAGUUCCUGGAGGGCUGCAUUGCAGCGGAGAACUGCAUCGGCAUCCGGGACUUCGCUCUGCACUACUGCCUGCACCAUGUCCACUACCUGGCCACUGAGUACCUGGAGACUCACUUCCGGGAUGUCAGCAGCACAGAAGAAUUCCUGGAGCUGAGUCCUCAGAAACUCAAAGAAGUGAUUUCUCUUGAGAAGUUGAAUGUUGGCAAUGAAAGAUAUGUGUUUGAAGCAGUAAUUCGAUGGAUAGCUCAUGACACAGAAGUGAGAAAGGUCCACAUGAAGGACGUCAUGUCAGCACUGUGGGUCUCAGGGCUGGACUCUAGUUACUUGCGAGAACAGAUGCUGAAUGAACCAUUGGUACGAGAAAUUGUCAAAGAGUGCAGCAAUAUACCGCUCAGCCAGCCGCAGCAGGGAGAGGCCAUGCUGGCGAGCUUCAAGCCACGGGGCUACUCCGAGUGCAUCGUGACUGUCGGUGGGGAGGAGAGAGUUUCACGGAAACCCACAGCAGUGAUGCGAUGCAUGUGCCCUCUCUACGACCCCAAUCGGCAGCUUUGGAUUGAGCUCGCUCCUCUGAGCAUGCCGAGAAUUAACCACGGUGUUCUCUCAGCAGAAGGAUUUUUGUUUGUAUUCGGGGGCCAAGAUGAAAAUAAGCAGACCCUGAGCUCUGGAGAGAAAUAUGAUCCAGAUGCAAAUACAUGGACUGCAUUGCCGCCCAUGCAUGAGGCAAGACACAACUUUGGAAUUGUGGAAAUAGACGGCAUGCUGUACGUUUUAGGAGGGGAAGAUGGGGACAAAGAGCUGAUAUCCAUGGAAUGUUACGAUAUUUAUUCUAAAACCUGGACCAAGCAGCCUGAUUUGACCAUGGUUAGAAAGAUUGGCUGCUAUGCAGCUAUGAAAAAGAAAAUCUAUGCCAUGGGUGGAGGAUCCUAUGGAAAAUUGUUUGAAUCUGUGGAGUGUUAUGACCCCCGGACCCAGCAGUGGACUGCUAUCUGUCCCCUGAAGGAGAGGAGGUUCGGCGCCGUGGCCUGUGGGGUCGCCAUGGAGCUGUAUGUGUUUGGGGGUGUCCGAAGUCGGGAGGACAUCCAGGUUAACGAAAUGGUCACCUGCAAGUCUGAAUUCUACCAUGAUGAGUUUAAAAGGUGGAUCUACCUUAAUGACCAGAACCUAUGCAUCCCUGCCAGCUCCUCCUUUGUUUAUGGGGCUGUACCUAUAGGAGCCAGUAUUUAUGUUAUUGGAGACCUCGAUACAGGUACUAACUACGACUACGUGCGAGAGUUUAAAAGAAGCACGGGCACCUGGCACCACACAAAGCCGCUGCUGCCCUCCGACCUGCGCCGCACUGGCUGUGCAGCUUUACGCAUUGCAAACUGCAAGCUCUUCCGCCUGCAGCUUCAGCAAGGCUUAUUCCGAAUUCGCGUCCAUUCACCCUGAAGAGGAAGCAGAGCAGGUCGUGCGACCCUGUGCUGAGUGCGCCAUCGUGUAGCUGGAUGUAACGGAGAUCCGAGGUGCAGCUGAAACUUGCUGUGUGUGCCGGGCUUUGGGAUGGUAACUGCAGCGGUCUUAGACGCUUAGAAGCUUGAGCAUAUGCUCUGGUUGGGAGACCAUGUAACUUCAGACACUACCUGGAAGGAAGUAGGUCCACAGGUUAGCUGUGUCCAUAGACCGUGGGGAUAAAGGGAUCCAGAGGAGGAGGGAUGGGAGUGGGUAUGAUGUCUGGUAGCAAAGCUAAGCCCUACAGUUUACUUUCCCUGAAGGGAACUCAUGUUUGACUGCUGUGUUCCAGGUAUGUGGCUUUGGAAAAAAACAAAACCGACAACCCAUAUAUGCAAAUCAACAUAUCCAAACAUACCAAGAUUGCUUUUCUACUACACUUGGAAGGAUUUAUUAUGCCUAACCCUACCCAGUGAAGUGAAAUCUGUGCCUAAAAUGCUAGAUUGGACUCUAUGCCAGUUAGUCUCUAUUACUAGUGCUCUGUCCUAAGAAUUUUAAAAAACUAUUACGAUGAAUUGACACAAAGAUAAAAUGUCUCUUUUAUAGAGUUGUCUUAACAGUGUAAACUGGUGAGUCAGGCCGCAGCCCUCCUGUGAACGUAAAGGAACUUGCUACCCUCUCUGUUACUUUACAUGAAGAUAUGUCAUGCCAUAAUUUCUGGGGUGGUCCGUGUGGAGCUGCGAAGGUUCAGGCAGUGCCACUCUUUAUAAGAAUGAGGAUAUUAGUGGGUAGGAGAUUUUUAAAGGAAAGACCUGAGUUAGACAGGUAAUAAAUAGUCUGCUAUGACUCUAAAAAGGAAAAAAAAAAAAGAAACCUGUCAGGUUGAAAUGCAUAGGGAUCAAACUUUUUUUAAUAUAAUCUGAAAGCACACAAAGUCUCGUUUACUACUGUCUAGGAUUUGAAAACUUGUUUUAGAAUCCGAAUCUGUGUUACAAAAGCUAGUCUGUGUAAUAGAACGUUCCUGAUGCCAUUCACUGGUAUGUUUUAGACAAAUUAUGAAUAAUGUUUGGCUGGUAGAAUAAACUACCUCAACUUAAUUUCAUUCUGUUCUUAGUAGAGCAAUUUCCUCUUUCCUCUUUUCCUCCUUGCUUGUCACUCACUCCUACCCCCUUCCCGAGAAGGGAGAGAAUUCUGUCAUUGUUGAACUUAUCUUCACCAAGGCUGAGAAGCGAUGGUGAACUUACCUUGUAAGACAUUUUGUUUUUCAUUCAAAUUAUACCACCUUGGUGUGAAAUCAGGGACUUAAACUGUUUGAUUACUUCAUAGUUUGAAUUUUAUGCAAUAUCAAAUUUCUAAUCAAUGUAAUAUACAGUACUUCAUUUCUAAUUGUUUUCUACAGCUUUUUUUCCUCUUACAAUAUGGCUCUAAGAAGCAACAUUUGUCUUACUGAUGAAUAAAUGUAUAAAUACAUCCUUUGGUUGUAAACUUGGGAGACAGAAUUUCUCCUAGAAACUCCCCAUGUGAAAUAUUGUGUGCUGUAAUCAUACGUAGGAAACGUUGCUUAUGUUUUCCCACCCAUGAGCGUAAAGAGGGCGACCUCAGUGCACUUUUCUGUCUUUCUUACACCUGCUGCGGGGCAGGCGACACUAUGCAGGUUGCUGGAAGAGGCCAGGCCUGUGGGGUUCUAAGGAAUGUCAGGUGUGGCACCUUAACUGUCCCUGGUGGCCAGAAAGUAUUGGUGAGAGAAGGCGUAGUGUUUUACCGUAUGUACACAAGGAACUAGCCACAUGCACCAUGAACUCAUGCAGGCCAGUCCAGUGUCACUCCAGGCGACUUUAGGAUUGCACCAUCGUCAGACGGCUGUUGUCACGCAUGUCCCCCACCACCCUUUGGGCCCCUUUUCAUCACAGUGCUUCAGAGCACAUCAGUUGCUGAAAAAGUGUACUUGCUUUAGUGACUUAACCUGCAUGAAAGCAGACACGCGUUCAGAAGCUGCUGCUCGGCCGGCCGCGGCAGUGGUAGCUGCCGGCACAGCUGCGCGAGGAGCAGCCCCGGCUCUUAGUUCCUGCAGCUGAGGCUCCUCCCAGGCCAGGCCUUCCGAGGAGACAGCUCAUGAUUUAGGAGUGAGUGGGGCCCGUUGCAAUACUGGCAGUGCCUGUGUGAUUUGAUAAAUUCACUUUGAAACUGUUUUUAAAAUUCAGUUCAUUUGCAGUGUAGCUGCAGAAAUUAAUGUUCUGUAAAAUAAAUUUGCCUCUGAAUAUGGGAUGCAAUUACCAACAAAAGCUGCUAAGUGCCAAACUGCUAUUUUAUUUUAUAUAAAUAUAAAACAAUUAUGUAGGGCUUUAUUUAACUUUAUUACGUUCCAAAACUAAUCAACUUUUUUAUAAAUUAUACUUAUUUCAGUAUUGUGAAAUAAAUUAUAACUCAUUUUAUGCGGGUUUGUGUUUUAACAUUCCACUUAUGCCUUCGAACAUCAUUUCUUGAUAAAGCUCCUGUCGUCCUUUCUCCAUAAUUCAUUUGACCAAGUGCGUGUUGCAUUUGGUGGCUGCGGACAGGUCUGGAAGUCUAGAUACAAGUGUGUUUGGGGAAGCGCAGUUGUCUUCCUUCCCACCGUGGAGAGGGCAUGUCGCCUGCCUCAGGCUAGCAUCGGGGAGCUUAGGGGACUCUCUCAGGCUGCAUCUAAAGUGGGGUGGUUUGUUUCUUUAACACAUCCAAAUGUAGGGGUUUUUUAAGUAAUUAAUUUAAAAUGAACUGUUUUAUUUUGAGAGUGCUUAUAUCCUGUGAGAAAUGUGAUGGGGUGAGUGAGGUGCAUGCAUGUGGUGCUGUGUGACUGGGUGCGACUGUGUGUUUACUGUGGAACUAUAGUUCCAAACUACAUGUAUUACUGUCUCCUGGUGCUUCAGAUAAACCCUAAGCCUGUUGGCCUGCCGUUCAUACCACUGUGUUCAAUUCCUUUUUGUAAAUAUGGAAGUAUUGGUAGUGUGCAGUAAGUUUUGCCUGGUGUUUCUCUUCAUUAGCAGGAUUAAAAACAGCCUUGACCAAGCAGGGGCUGGUGUGCUAUAAGAACAUAGCCUGGGGAUUUUAGCUCCCUGCUCCUCUGCUGUGAGGAGCUGAUUGCUCAUGUGGGCUUUUUCCAACUGUGCAGCGACUGAGAAGACUGUGGGAUGUGCUCUGUUCUGUUGCCUUGCCAUUUCACUAGCGGCACUUUCUCUGUUGAGGGUCCUGAAGUGUCUUUUUAGUCUCCCUGGGAAGUAUAGGAAAUGCAUCCUUCGUGGACGUGAUAAAGACAGGACUGUAGGAGGGCGCCUCACCAAAGUGAGGCAGGGAGUUCAGUUUCCAGGAAGGUUACGUUUCCUUGCUCCAUCAGGACACUGCUCUGUUCCUAUGCUGUGUACCAAAGCAGGUACCUGAAAGUGUUCCAAGGAAAGCCAGGAACUCCAGUGUCCCCUCCGUAGUGUCCCCAGUGACACCACCUGGGAAGGGUGAGGGGGGCCAGCUGUGCAGGCCUCGAGAUGCUGGGACACCUGGUGGAGGGAAAUGGGCAGCUGCUGUUUCUCUGAAGCUGACCCCAAGGAAGCCUGUGACAGCAGACAGGCCUGGCCUGGCCACUGAUGUCACUGAGCACCUCCCAAGAGUCACACUGUCCUCCCUCCCUCAGUGGUAAACUUGCCAGGCACUGGACAAGGACCCUAUCUGGGUCACUGUUGAGCUAGUGCCUGUGUGUAGUAGGUUGUCAGUAUUCAAUGAAUGAUACAGAAGCCUAGUGGUUAAAGUGAUGAUCUUCACUGAAUGGAAGGCAGCUUUGCUGGAUUUUAAAUGAAGAGCUUCGUACACAAGCGGGCUGACCUUGGGUAGAGUAGGAAGCUAGCAUAGAAGAAAAAAUACCAAGUGCCUCCUGCAUACCACGCACAAGCCUGUGGAUGCCUGAGACCUGUGCUCGGCACAUCCAAACUCCCAGCAUGCCCUAUGCAAGUCACACAGGAGCUAGCUGAAGGAGAGAGGAUUUUGUUAGUGAGGUGUUGGACUUGUGAUGAUUCUCGGGGACAGAACCAGAGUCUGUUCUGGAGGAGAAAAGGGGCUGCCCUAGAAAGAGCAAGGUGUCAUCUUCCCAUGCCACCCCACGUCAUCAUCAGGGAAAAGACAUGGUCUCAGCAAGCUAGGAAAGUGGUUUUGCUGGCUGAUGACAACCCCUGCAGCACCCCCCAGCCACUCCUUAGAAAUGUAGGCCUUGAUAGUAUGUGUACCAUGCCUCACAGGCCCAGGAAGCUGGGCGGGGUUCUUACGCCGCUGGCCCUCAGGUCUCCAUGGUACUAAACUAAAGACUAUUUUUUGCGGGUAAAGGUUUUUAACAUGUUAUAUUUUUCAAGAGUAAUUCUGUUAUUUUAAUUUUAAAUACCUCUCAGUGUGAGGUAUUUGUGAGGUGAGUUGGCUUACGCUUCUGAACUCCUUCAUGGGAAGCAUACAAUGUAGGAACGAUUACCCUUUUUGAGCUGUCCCAGGAAUUCUCAAAAUGAUUACAUUUUCCACUCUUCUCUCAUGAAACCAAGUAUCUGAUAAAUAAAGCUAUAUGAUGUAAUUACUUAAGUGAGAAAUGUCUACUUUUUAUUUUGAGAAAAUAACUAAUCUUUAAAUUGCUGUCCAAGUGGAAUUUGUUCUGAUGAUAAAUUCUGAUAUCACUGUAGCCGCGCAGGGUUGCUGAGCUUUAGAGCCUGUACUGUCAUAAGCAGAUGUACAUUGUGAUUCUUGGGAUGCUGCGGUUUGGAUCAGAGGAGGCCCAGGAGAUGGCACUGAUGGGCCACAGAAUUGGGGGUCACCCAGAGAGGCAAAGGGGGCAGUCAGCCAGGUAAGGGGACCCGUGUGCGGAAUGGCCAUUUCAGCUGAGACACAACCUGCAGUCCCCGCACCCUGGGAGGCUGAAGCAGGAAGAUCGUAAAGCUGAGCCCAGCCCAGGCCACUUAGUGAUGGUCUCUCUGAACCUUGUUUCUCAGAGGAGAGAUGAUGAUAUUGCUCGUUGCAGGGAUCCCAGUUCUGGCCCCAGUACAGCAGAAAGGAAUGGCCAUUCAUUUCAAGGGAUUCGAGUCUCAAGUCCCUUUGUGCUUAUUGUGUACUUGGUUAUGCAUCAUUUCUACUUAGUUAUGUUUACUCCAUUGUGUCUGAUAAGAGCCCCAUUUAGCAUUUGGAUACAAAUAGGGCUUAGGCCCUUGUUUUUAUGCACAUUCCUCAGGCUGAAGGAGGAUGUUCCUUGAAACUUGGGGCCAAAUUUUCCCAGUUACACCAGCGACAUUGGUCUGAGUGCAACUUCACAUGGCUGGCUUUAUCAUGUUUCCUGUUUGAUUGGAUGAGAAUUACAUGCAUUUACUCCCCUGUGCUUUGUGUUUAUAGGAAAAACUCUGUUCUCAGCUACCUCAUUAUGUAGUGUUGUGCUUGAUCUUCUGCCAAUUUAGAAGAAUUCAACACAUUCUGUCCUUUAACAAAGGCCUGGAAGCAGGCAGUGAGCGGCCUUGAGGAAUACAAUUCUCUGAGGCGUAUUUUCCACUUUACUACUUUUUUUAGAAUAGGCACUUUUAAUCAGGAGGAACAAUAAUUCUCCUAGCACUGCUGCAGAAUGAUUACUUGAAACUCAGCUUGAAUUGUAAAGUCCUGAAAGGGCUCUGCUUUCCUAUAGCAGGAAAGGAGUCUAUUUAAACACCACCGCUGUGUAAAGUAGAGGGCUGGAUUUCCAUGCUUGUUAGGACCAGGAAGAAAAUGCAUCUGCCUGCGAUUGGACCCCGGCUUUGGAGCUCAGGUGCUGGAGGCCACUGAUGUUCCUAUCUUAUUAGGUGCUCUUGUGUCCCAGGAAUCGCCAAGUUUGGUAGGAAUGGGGACUCUUUACGAGGUUCUUUGACUGCGCUCCUUCUGAUAGCAGAGCCCAGAACAUCACAGUGAGGCACUGAGGUGUUUCCCCAGUACCAGUGUGAGCCCAGGCAAGCUGUGUAGAAUCACGUUAUGCUGAUGCGGUGCAUGAUGGGAUCUGUUCCACACACGGGAGGGUGUCUUCCCCACUUCUACCUGUGCCUGUGCCUUCUCCACACCACCUGAGGAUGGCUCCUUCUGGUUCCUAAGUCAGGCAGCAGGUGCUGAGGGCUCAGCUCCUAUAGGCAACCUCCCCCUUCUUAGUAGUCAAAAUAAUAUCCAUGCCUUGAGGCCUCAAAUGCUCAGAAUAACUUAAGUUCCAGUGAAAUCUAAACUUCAGCUGACCUUAUUAAUUACUAAGACUUAAUUUGAGCCCAGCAGGUAUGGUAGCACAUCCAUCUAAUCCGAGGGUUCUGGGAGGUUGAGACAGGAGGAUCUUAAG